AUGCUAACUGUUGGCUGCCCUAUGCACACGGCUCUGGCUCUUCAUCAAGAAUAUGGUCAGAUAUAUGUUCUCUGGAUAAUCCCUCAUCCCAGUUGGGUUACUCCAUCCGAGACAGCUUUCGAGUCCAGCAAUUUGAGGGCUGAGGGAUCUUGGAAUUUAUUGUUCAGAAGGGACGUGUUUGGCCGAGAGAAACAAGAGUUGGAUAAUUUGAAACAGAGAAUUCAGCAAGUUAUUCUAAAUCCAUCGAAGCCGGUUGCCUUGCAAUGGAGAUGGACGGGUGAUGGUAUUUUUCCGGUCAAGUCAGCAUAUGGGCAAUGGGAACUACAACACUACUCGACCAAUGCGCUGUUGGGAUCUUUAUGGAAGAAUUUGGGUCCUCCUAAGGUGGAAAUCUUUGCUUGGAUGGCUAUAAAGGAAAGAGCAGCAACAAGGUCUGUCCUUCUUAGCCGAAACAUGAUCAAUGAGAUUCAAUUAGCUUUGCGCCCCCUAUGCUCCCUGAAUCUUGAAACUCACCAGCAUUUGUUCUUUCACUGUCAUAUCUUGUGGAGUGUAUGGUCGAUUAUACUAGACUGGUGGAAUAUCAAAUGGGCUUGCCCAUCCUCUGUCCCAGAAUUAGCAGAAUGGUGGUUUGCUAUCGGAUUUUACAACUUGGAGAAACAUAUAUGGGAAACUUGCUUCUAUGCGACGGUGUGGUCCCUUUGGUUGGUGAGAAAUGAUACUAUCUUCAACAAUGGGGAAUCUAGUCAAAACUAG